UUGGCGUUUUCUUCUAGCCGUCUUUCAAUCUUCUAUUUAUACUCGUGUUCUGUGUUCCAUUCUCUCCUACCGCUAGGUUUCACGCCGACCCCCAAGUCUAAAUUUCCGCCUCCUGCAACACGGUCCGACGUCCUUUCAUUUCCGCAACUUAGUUUCCACGAUCUGUCUCCUGAAGUUGCUGUUCAUAUCUCGUCCUUAUCGGCCAACCUCUCAUGAAUUACGACUAUGUCAACUACGACGACCACCGCUCUGGCGUCCACCAUGCUGGUCGGUACCCUGCCCACUAUGACACACGCCGGAAUGAUGCCAGGCAAGACCUGCCCGACCUGUGGAUAUGGCCGACUCUCCUCGGAAAGCAGACCAAUCGAUCAAGCACAACAUCGCGUGAAAGAAUUAGAAGGGCAACUUGAGUUUCUCAACGUCCAGGCGACACAAAUGGCCGAGAGAAUGGCCGAAUAUGAAGAAGAGAUCCGUCGCCUCCGCGCUCAAUGCACCGCACAAAGUUCCCGCAAUGGCUCCUCUAUAUCCUCCACCUCGUCGAACCAAUACAACAGAAUAACAGACUUGUCAAUGUCGCCUCCCUCGUCGCAGACCUCUCCGAAGUCACAUGGCCAACAUAGCGGGCGCUUAUCCACGCUGACCUCCCUGUUGCCCUCCCGCCGACCCGGCGCCCCGAGCGCAAUCCAGCCCCAGCCAAUAAUCUCUCCACCGCCGAUCACCAGCUACGAGGAAACAUUGGAACUACAAAACGCGCUCAACCGAGAACAGAGCCUGCGCAAGGCCGCCGAAACACAAUUGUCGCAAGCCAGCACUGAGUUGGAGGAAUUGACGGCGCAACUAUUCAGCCAGGCGAAUGAGAUGGUCGCGCAGGAGCGCAAGGCAAGAGCGAGACUUGAGGAGCGGGUGGCGGUACUGGAGCGCCGGGAUGUCGAGAAGAGGACCCGACUUGAGCGCUUAGAAAAGGCGAUGGAAAGAGUCGAAAGGAUCCGAGCUAUGGUUGGCUAGCGAUUUGCAGGAUGCACACAUGAGGAUUGUGGACGCUCCGGACUAUACCCCCUUUAUGUACCUGUCUUGUUCUGGGUCUCCGUCCAUGCUU